CACAGACAGUCUGGAGGCGCCGAACCCGCCGGCCGGUUUAUCCCCACGCUCUCGUAGGAGUUCAUUUGUCUCUAUGGUUCUUGUUUAGCGAGUGCGUCGCGGAAGUCGACGGUCGGCUGGCAAACAUGGCGGCGACGCGGGAACAGAGUGCAGGAGGGAGCACACAGGGAGGGAAGAAGUAUCAAGGGAAGGGGCGGGCUGCCAAAGCUCUGAAGUCCUUACAGUUUGCGAAUCCUGGAAAACAAACCGAGUUUGCACCAGAGGCAAGCAAAAGGGAAAAGAGACGUCUGCAAACAAAAAGCGCUACUUCUAAUUCAGGGCAGACAGCUGCUUCCAAGAAUAAAGUGUACGACGGCAAUGGGAUUCUUAUCUGCAACGGCAGGGAUCUGUGCGACUGCCUGGAUGAAGAUUGUAUGGGCUGCUUCUACGCGUGCAAGAAAUGUGGCUCCAACAAGUGCGGCGUCGAAUGUAGAUGUGACCGUAAGUGGCUUUACGAACAGAUAGAAAUCGAAGGAGGCGAAACAAUCCGCAAUAAACACGUCGGCUGAGUUUGAGGUGUCUCUGUUUAAAAAGUCCAAGGCUCAUCUUCAUCAUCGCCUGAAAUCUCCCCCGAGGAGACAAUUGUUAUCCUUUACAUAGAAGGCUUGUUGCAGUGACUUACACCCACCAGCUGCCAUGUUCCACAUCUCUACAAGGCUGUUACUAAAGGAGUAAAUGAAUAUCCUACAUUUGCUGGCAGAUGAUCGUCAAACUGAUUAGCUUUAUUAUCUUAUAUUCUAAAGGUUGGAGUUUUACCACAAGCACCAUGGACUGCUGAAGGCCUAAGACUAGGUCACGAAUACUUAACCUAUGAGUCUGGAACUCCAUCUAUGUUUCCCAUAACAGAUAACUACUAAAAUAAGACACACGAGUAAAUUCUAAAGCAAUUACGGGGACGCAGAAAAAAAGGGUAAGAAUGAGACAAGAUUUUUUUAGGGAUGCACCGGAUCCAGGAUUCGGCCUUUUUCAGCAGGAUUCAGAUUCGGCCGAAUCCUUCUGCCCGGCCGAACCAAAUCCUAAUUUCCAUAUGCAAAUUAGGGGCGGAGAGGGAAAUCGUAUGACUUUUUGUCACAAAUCAAGGAAGUCCAUCCCUAAUUUGCAUAUGCAGAUUCGUAUUCGGUUCGCUAUUCCUUCGUGAAGGAUUCUGGGUUCGGCCGCAUACAAAAUAGUGAAUUCAAUGCAUUCCUCAUUUUUUUUUCCUCUCCCUCACGGUAAUUUUCUCUGAAGAUAAAAAAAAUGCAGUUGGAAUGGGCUUUCUUUGUCGUCUUGUUUUUUAAUUUUUUUUGUUCUGUUCUUAUAUUGCAGCUAAACCGUGAAGUUGUUUUUGUAGCGCUGCUAAAGCUAAAUUAAAAAGGACAUUUUCAUUGGGUAUAAAGUAGGGAUGCACGGAAUCUCUCCUUUGCGAAAGAUUCAGCCGAAUACUGAAUCCUAAUUUGCAUAAGCAAAUUAGACAUGGGAAGGGGAAAACAUUUUUUACUUCCUUGUUUUGUGACCAAAAGUCACGCGAUUUCUCUCCCCGCCCCAAUUUGCAUAUGCAGAUUCGGUUCGGCCAUGCAGAAGGAUUCGGCGGAAUCCUGCUGAAAAAGGCGGAAUCCCAAACCGAAUCCUGGAUUCAGUGCAUCCCUAGUAUAAAGAACAUUGUUUGUGUACUGUUCCAGGUUCUGUUCUGGUUUUCUAUACACUGUUCAUAUGCCUUUUUAUAUUAAAAAUAAAUCCUUUAUUUCCUUAUUUUGUUACCGUGCAAAUAAAAGCUAAUGUGCUGCAA